AUGUUAAGAGAUUGGAGGAAGGGAAAGGCAGAAGGGGAAGGCUACAAAGAGAUUAAGAGGGAAUAUAGGAAGUUAUGCGAAGCAAAGAAGGAAAAAGCGAUAGAACAUUUUGAAAAGGAGGUGGAAGAGGCAAAAACAGAAAGUGAGGUAUGGAAAAUAAUAAACAGAGAAAGGAAAAGAAGAGGGAGAAGGGAAACGGGAAUAAAAGAAGAGGAAUGGAGGAAACACUUUGUGAACCUGCUGGGUGGAUCAGAGGAGAAAGUAGUGCUGAGGGGAGAAAGAAACCAAGAAGGGGACGGGGAAGCGGACAUAAGUAAGGAAGAAAUAAGAAAAGCGGUGGCGAAACUGAAAGACGGGAAGGCGACGGGAGGAGAUGAGAUCCCUAACGAGGUGUGGAAAUAUGGAGGAGAAGAGGUAUUAGAAUAG